AGAAAUGGGGGUGCAGAAGAGACAUAGUCAGUUUAGUGAUACAAAAUACAAGUGGCGGACAGUUUUUGUGUUAUUUUUGUGUAUCGUGUGGUGUAAUGGUCAGGAGUUUCGUGUGGAGGAGACGGACCCAUACAUGUUAAACAAAUCUUUAGGGCUAACAGAGUUGCCCGGCGGUGUGGUGGUGGGUGGUAGAACGGUCUGGAAAAGAGACGGUAGCCCGUAUCUUCUUCGGGAUGAUCUCCUUGUGGAGAGAGAAGCGGAAUUGUUUGUAGAGCCUGGAGUAGAAGUGCGGUUUGCGCCAAUGAUUGGGAUCACUGUGCGGGGAAAACUCGUUGCUAUGGGACAAUUUGGAAGGGGUAUUACAUUUACGAGCACAGAAGAAUCGCAAAAACAACCGAAACCGUUUCCAGAUAUACGUCUUGUUGAUGGACCUUCAAUAUUAGCAGGACGAGUCCAACUGUUACACAGGGGACGAUGGAGAUCCGUAUGCACAAAUUCAAGAAAUUGGACCAUCAACGAUAUGGAAACGGCGUGCAGACAAUUAGGCUUCAUGGGCGGAACGUUUUACAAUUGGAUGGAUCGACAGCCAGGUAGACAAGCACGACUUUUACUCGAGGAACCCAAGUGUAAAGGCACGGAAUACGACCUCUUUCAAUGUGACUGGAAUUCGAGACAACUGGGCUCAGGUGUAUGUGACUACCAUCCUGAUCUCGGUAUUCAGUGCCAACCACAUCAUGAUGACAACGAAUUAGGAAACUCAGGUUUUCAUUGGAGAGGUAUAAGAUUCGAAAAUGCAGUCUACGAAAGAAUACUGACAGCAGCUAAUACACUUUACGUUCCAACAUCGAUGUCUAGAUUGGCACAUAUUACUAUUAAAAACGCAGGUUUGGGAAGAGACAACAAUGCAACCAGUUCUUUAGAUAUAAUAGGUGUACCGCCUCAGAUGGACGAUAUAGAAAUAUCGAAUUCCGCCUUUAAUGCUAUAAAUGUGACAUCACCCGAUGCUCCAAUCACAAUAAACAACUGCACAAUACAAAAUAAUAGAGGGUACGGUAUAUAUGUUAAUUCUACGUACGGUAUGACAAAGAUUGAGAAUUGUCUGAUUCACGACAAUGGUGGCGACGGAGUCAAAUACGUAGUGCAUGAAAUGAAUAUAGAUGAGAAGUUCGAUCGAAGCGAAAUCUUCGAUUUAUGUACCCUUGCAUCGACACCUAGUCAAACAUUUCCGAUACAAAUGUCUAUAGAACAAUCUAGAUAUUCUAAUAUGGAAAGAGAUUGCAAUCAAAAAUUUUACACGAGACCCGAUCACGUUCUUACACUAAACUUCUUGAAGAUCACCACUAAUACAAAUGAUACAGGUGAAAUAUUUAUAUACGAUGGAUUAACGACAAACGAUAAACUAUUAUUACAAUUUAAUAUAAGAAAUCACACUCGACCACAAAGCGUGACAUCGACAAGAAAUAGAAUGUACGUGAGAUUUCGUGCUAACACUCGAACUGAUAUUGUUGGGUUUUUGAGGUUAAUGUCGGGAAUUAGUAAAACUUACGACUUAAAUUUAACUGACACUGUUAUUUCGGAUAACAAUGGUAGAGGUGUGGUAAUAGAAAAUCUCCGUUCUCAAAUACAUGUUCAUCGCACAUCCAUUUCUAACAAUAAUCAUGUAGCUGGCCUUCAAGUUUUAAAUGGUGCGGGGGAUGUGAAUGUAACGGAGAGUAGAAUAUCUUUUAACCAAGGUGAUGGUAUCAACAUAACUGUUACUGGCGGCAAUCGCAAUAUCUCAAGAAGUAUCAUUAGUUCAAACCAAGGAUAUGGUUUAGCAAUUUGGCUAAACAAUACGCAACAAACUGAAUAUAUUCCAUUAAACCAAACCACUGUGGUUGAAUAUUCCGAAGUAUUCAAGAAUUUAGAUGUUGGUAUUCUCCAUGGAAAUUUUUGCGGUGAUAGUUGGGUUAAUAUAACAGGGAACUGGUUUAAUUCUAGCGUAGAAAGUACCGUGGAAAUAGGCACGUGUUGGAGACUCAAUGAUCCAGUUAAAUUGCUCAAUUUACAAAUAGGACACAACAGAUUCUAUCAAAAUCAACGAGUACCUUUAAGAAUUCAACCCGCACUUAAUGUGAUUGGAAGAAUUGAAUAUAAUUAUUUUGAACAUGGUGAUUUCGGGUCAAUUGCAAUACUUAAUAGAAUUGACGGAAAAUUCCUGGAAGAAUUUGAGAUAUUGCCAGCUACAUUUUAUAUAGAACAUAAUUAUUUCUUUGGCAAUAAAGGACCGUUUGUUGUAAAUCUAGGAUUGUCGCCUUACAGUGAUGUUCAGUACAUAUUGUUCACAAGGAAUUAUUUACGGGAAAAUAAAAUAAGAGAACCAUUCGAACCGUUGGAAGGUUUAUCUUCCCGACUUACUCCUAGAAGUAGAGUUGCAGCAGCUAUAGUUUUAGCUUCAAGCAAUAUUGAUGUAUUUAGGAAUAUAAUAAAUAAUCCGGAGGCACAGUACGAAAUUGGUUCACAUGUAGAGGAUCAAAGUAAAAUUCUCAAUUGUACAUACAACUGGCUCGGAUUCGGAGAUGAAGAGAAAGUUUAUAAAAGACUAUUUCAUAGAAAAGAUAGAUAUAAUUUAGCUAAAAUAAUUUACAUACCUUAUUUAUUACAUAGUAGUAAUCCUGGUGCCACUCAAAUUUACUAUAAUUCCUUAUAUGUGCCGCAAUUUAAUGCACCUGGAUCAACGGUUGUAGGUGGUGAAGUCGAAGGUAUAGAAGUAUUAAGACCCGGAGAAUAUGAUGUCGAUAAGGAUAUCAAUAUCCGUCCAGGAGGUAGACUUAUUCUUCAAUCUGGUGUUACAUUAAAGUUUCCACCUGCAAUGGGAAUGAUGGUAGCUGGGAAAAUAGAAGCAAAAGGAAAACGGCCUAAUGAUAUUACAUUCACAUUAAAGGAAGAAGUAACGAUGACAAAUGAUAGUGUAUAUGAAACCGAUACUGAAUUAGAACCUACUACCCAAGGUUAUGUGGAACCAAUUGUACCAAUUAGACUUUUAGGUGGUAGAACCUCACAUGAAGGAAGGUUACAAGUUCGAAUAGACAGUAAAUGGGGGACUGUAUGCAAUUAUCGUUGGAAUAUCAUAAAUGCUGCAUUAGUGUGUAAUCAACUUGGUUUGGCUUUAAACCCAGAUGAUUGGUUUUUAGAACCCAAUGAAAUUCCAAAUGCUGGAAUAUCCGAAAAUAUUGUUUUGUCCAAUGUAGAAUGCACGGAGUUCGACAACGAUAUAACGAAUUGCAAGGCAGAAACAAUGGAGAACUUUGAAAAUUCUUGUACACACGAGAACGACGUUGGUAUUAGAUGUUAUGUAACAAGUUGGGCGGGAGUGAGGUUUAGUGUCAUUGCUGACAGAGCUGAUCUACAGUACGUGAGCAUAGAAAAAGCCGGGCUUCUUGAUUACUCCUCAAACUCGUUCAAACCUGCACUUCAAAUAGAUUUUGCUCGACAUAGUCUUGAUAGUGUGAAAAUAGCCAACAAUUAUCACGAUGGUUUAGGUAUUCUAUAUUCUGAUUUGUAUGGAGCUGAUGCAAUUAACACAGUUCGUAACUCUGAAUUUAGCAAUAACAGAGGCAGUGGUAUUAGCUUUAAACAGUUAGGUUUAAAAAUUUAUAGCUCCACAAUAGAAAACAAUGCUAUCGCUGGAAUAUCACAUAAUCCUCAUAUUACUGGUCCACAACAGAGAGAAAUAGCUGGAUGGUUUAACUUGGAUCCAAGUUUCGACUUGAAUGAGUCAAACUAUCAUCCUAUCAUGGUGCCAGAAUACGAGACAGAUAUAUCAUUAGUUAAUGGUGAAACAAGACAUAUAGUGUUUACAAAACAUUAUGGAGAAAAUAUUGCCAAAAUUUACAAUAUUAGAUGCAAUCCUGGUUAUGUACUUGGACUUCAGCUUUUAAAUCCUAUACACAAUUUUUCCACGGAAAGUAUUUGCAUAUAUGAUUCACAAAACAUCAAUGAAGCUAGCACAGUAUGGUGUCUUGAUCGCGAUCUAUCUACAUUUCCUACGACCAGUAAUACUUUUGGUGUAGUAUUGAAAUAUGAGAGUGGUACAAAAGCGUUAGGGGAUGUUGUAUUAAUAAUCAGUACUAUAAUAGCUCCAGUGCAAAAUUUGAGAAAUAGAAUUAUAAAAGGACCUGUCCCAACUCUACAGGUUUCAAAUACAAAAAUCAAAGGAAACACGAAAGGAAUAAAAGCUCUAUAUUAUAAUCGAUAUUUAAAUGAACUCGGUGACCACUUUUUACGUAAAGCCAAUGAAACCAUCAAGGUAUUUAAUUGUGAAAUAGCAUACAACAAAGAAGAAGCAAUCUACGUUAAUACUCCAUUUUGGGAUAUUCAUGACAGUAAUAUAACAGAAAUAACUAUGAUGGUAAAUAAUAGCUUGAUAACAGACAACGGUAAAGGCUUAUUUCAUUUUGCUAGAGAUUUACGAAGUUCUAACAAUUUGUAUCAUUAUGUACUUCAAGACAAUACGAUAGAAAGAAACAGAAACGGAGGAUUCGAUAUUUCAUUACCUUACGUUUGGCAUUACAAUGAAAAUUUUACUCAUUCUAUUUACCUACACAACAACACAUGGCGUAACAAUCAAAACUUUGCAUUUAUAAUUGACGGACAUUUUGCGGAAGUAAACAUAACCAAAAACGUGUUUACUGACAAUAAUUGCAAACAAGGUUUAAUUUCUAUUCAAGGCAUGGAAAAGAAAAUGAAAAUAGACGGAAAUGUAAUAGAAAGAAAUAAUGGUCAAUAUAUGGUACAGUUUUAUAUGGACAGUCAAAGUGAAAUUAUGGGAUUCGUUUAUGCUGUCUUUGUCUACAAUCAAAUUACAAAUAACAAGUUUGUUUCAUUAAUAAAUCGGGGUGCUCUUAUUAGAAACACUGAUCCCACAUAUGUUAUAGGAUUUAAGGGAAUUCAAAAAGUAAAAGUUAGUCGAAACCUAUUUGGCAACAAUACGAUUGAAUAUACUUUAUUGGCUGGCAUCAAAACUGCAAAAAUUAACAAUUUGCUAGAUGUUACAGAGAAUUGGUGGGGCAGUUCUAAUGAAAAAGAAAUCAGAAAACAGAUAUUUGAUUUUGAUGAUUGGAAUAAUCACGCAGUUGCCACAUAUUUGCCUUACUUACUGGAAGACAAUUUUGAUUCAAGCGUGUCUGUAACAUUUAGCCCUGACACUGCUAUAGAUCUUAAUAACCUUGGUGGUCGCCUGACAUCUGAUUUAACAAUCGAUGCACGUAUAACACCGUAUGUUGUAAAAGCUGAUAUUACGGUAAUGCCAGAUGUAACACUAACAAUAAAUCCGGGAGUCGUCUUAGAAUUCGCUCCUUAUGUAGGCAUACUUGUAAUGGGUACACUUAAUGUUAUCGGCCAUAGCCAACUGCCAAUUAUAAUGAAACCUAUGAUAUACACUUCUGAAGUAAACGCCAACAGAAUAGAGAAGAGAGAUGUUGGACAAUAUUUAUCUGGUCAUCACAAACAUAGGCGACAGUUAGAAAUGAUGACUGUGCCAUACUCAAUUAGACUCUGCACUGGAAGAAACUGCUCUGUUAAUGAUAACAACAUGGAAAGAACAAAUCAAGGAUUUUUAGAAUAUUACAAUAGAACAACAUUGCAAUGGGUGCCAAUGUGUGACAAUCGUUUCACAGAAAGAAAUGCUCAAGUUGUUUGCAGAGAAUUAGGAUUCGACCCGAUAAACGUAUUCUUUGCUCAUGAUAAACGAGUAGAAUACCAUAGCAAUUCCCUUUCCCGAAUAUGGUCUUGGCCUGAACCUUUGCAGUGCGUUGGAACAGAAGGUCGGUACGAGGAUUGUCCGAUUCGACUCAAUGGUCAACUUUAUGGUCACAGACAUGAAUGCAAAUGGAAUUCAGAAUUUGUAUUUAUACACUGUGGUACUAGAAAUUUAGAUGAAGGCUUAGAAUAUUGGGGUGGAAUUAGAUUUGCUAAUCCUGAUUUCGAAUAUUCGCUAUACGAACACAGGAUUCACGAUCAUCACACGCACGAAACAUUGAAAAGAGUUGAAAGUCGCUUGCAACACGUGCAUAUCAUCGGUGCUGGUAUACUUCAUAACGAAAAAUCACCCGCAGUUCAAAGUAUCGUUAAAAACCCGAUUAUUGAGAAUGUAAAUAUUACCAAAUGUGCUCACCAUGGUGUUAAUUUAAUUUCUCCAACGGAUACGAUUAAUAUGAUGUUCAACACAAUUAGCGAUACAUUGGGUGAAGGUAUUAGUGCUAUAUCUUUAAACGGAGAAGGAAGAGAAUCAGAAGAAUCGAGUUUUACUCCAUUGAAGGAUCUCAAUCUCCCAUAUAAUUUAUUUUCAUUGAUAGACAUUUGUGAUAGCUCAAAAGUUAUAACAAUUGAAGAAAGAGUUCUAUUAUAUUACAAAUACGAUAACAAUCCUGUUAAUUGUGUAAAAAUAUUCAAAAGUAUGUACAGAGUGAAACCUUUUGGUUUUAGAUUAUUACAAUUCAAUUUGUUUAAUCACACUCUUAAUUAUGGGAAACGUGAUUCUAUAACAUUGUACGAUGGAGAUAUCUAUAAUAUAACUGCACCUCAAAUAGGCUACCUGGAAAACGGAUCACCCGACGAAAAGAAACUUUUUAGAACAAAUGGGGCUAGUUUAAGUAUUAAGCUUUUUGCAAACGGCGCAUCUUCUGUCCACGGGUUUAUUGCUGAAAUUGUCACGCUACCAAUAUCUGCUAUUGGAUUCAAUCGUGAUGUCCAGCAUAAUAUAUCAAGCAGUGAAAUAACCAACAAUCGUGGUGGGGCUAUCACGUACCAAUCCGUUGGAGAAGUUAACCCCUUAGUGGCAAUCACCAGAAACGAGAUCACCAACAACUGCCUUAAACUUUAUGGAAACUUCACCACUUGCCAAGCUGCCGUCAGACUUGAUGUUCAAAAUACACAGACUUUUGUUUUCAGAAACAACUUAGUACGCAAUAACGUCGGUGGGCUAUUGGUUAGAGCUGAUUCAAGAGGUUCAGCGACGUCUCUUCGUGGUUGGAUCCACAAUAAUCUGUUCUACGCCAAUCACGAUAUGCCAUCUCUUCAAGUUGAAGGUCGUCAAUCCACUCCAUACCAAGAAAUAACGAUCUACCGCAACUAUUUCACCCGCAACCACGCCCUUUACAAAGACGUCAUAGUACUACGGCAAGUGGUCUCGAAUUUCACCCACAACUACGUACACCAUAACACCGGUCUCAGGAUAUUGGAGGUUUCUGGCUUCGAUAAAGUGCGGUUACCUAUCUACCAGACAACUUCGCAUAAUGGUUUUUACAAGAACUUUGCGUUAGACCGUGAAGGUCGAGCAACAGUAGUGGCGGGUACCGCUGGCCAGCAUUACAUCGAUAAUAUAUUCUUUAACCCCGAUAACGAUUAUGAAAUGAUUACAGUUAAUAGAUCUAUCUUUGUUGAUUUUAAUCCCAAUAUCAUAAGUGCACUCGAGUUGUGGCGCACGCGUAUAGACGCUAAACAUAACUACUGGAGUUACAACGAAAGUCUUGCAGUGGCAGGCCGUAUCCGCGACCAGUCUGAUAACCCUUUCCUUUUGGAAGUGGACUACAGGCCAUAUUACAUGAACAACCAGACCGUGCUGGGCGGUGGCAAGUGCCCGCCCGGCUGGGAGGCGCUGGCCGGUACUUGCUACAUGUACGUGGGAGCGCCCAUGACGUAUGAAGACGCCCGCGCGUUCUGUCUGUCGGACAACGCGUCAAUGCCAUACGUAGGUGGUAACUACGAAGCUCUCUAUGAGUUCAUACAUCGCCAGAACCAAUGGUUCCAAUACAGCGACAGAGUCUGGGUGAACCACAUAGACUAUGUAACGCAAUGUACAUCGUUCGCCUUCUCAUCUAUCGAGAUCACGGACUGUAAUCAGAAGAACGCGUUUAUUUGUGAAAUUGACCCCAAGAUCUCCAUCGACCCAAUGUCGUGGCGUGGAGACACGCUGGUUCUAGGCUUUGUGGGGGCGUUGCUCGCCGCGGUGUUACUAGUGAUCGCCGCGCUCGUCUGCUGGUACUCCAAGUCCAAGCACAGACAUCUUCAAAGGCUAGAAAGGCGCAAUUCUAUAAGACAAUCCUUGCACUCCGUGCGAUCUAUUGGCAGUAUAAAUGGUGGCUUUCCAGAUACUCCUUACAGAAGAAAAAUGACGACCCAGAUGAGCACACGUUCGACAGAUACUCUAACAAAAGGAUCGGAUUAUCGCAAAAUGGUAGCAUCAUCUACAUCAAUCGAAUCAAUGGAAAAGAGUCAAUUCAAUUCAUCAAUCGAAGACAAUCAAAGCUUCGAUAUAUACGAAGCACACAAUCCAAACAACAUAAUCCAGCUAAAACACAGUACAUUCAACCGAAAACCGGCGUCACCAGAAUACAGUGUCCCCCAGAACAAUAACAGACCGUUCGACCUUGCAUAUAAAAAUGAAGGUUAUAGAGAAAAUUCUGGAGCGAGUGCGGCGCCGUCUAUGAACACGAUUGCGACUGAGGAAUUACCGAUAAUUCACCACCCAGGUGGGUUACAACCCCAAGAUGACGAUACGAUAUCACCACGAAGCGAUACCCAAUACUUUACAUCAGACACAUUACCCUUAAGAGACAAAUCAGAUGAUCCAUUGUUUAUGAAACGUGAAUCGGAAAAGGAAGGGAAGAUAUACGGGCCGUAUGGUGCUCCUAAUCAUGGUGGUCAGCCGAAAUUGUCCUUUUUAAUGGAAUUAAGAUCAAAAUUGCCAGAACAACCUCAACCUGGAGCCAUGCCUACUACUACGUUCGGUCAAAGAAAUCUUCCAGACGAACGUCAAUACUUCGACGAUCGAUUACCUAGUCCCCAACUCCCAGGGUACUCAUUCGAAACCAGUUCCCAACCAUCACCCGACCCCCCUUAUACUCCUGACCCCCGAUAUACCCCUGACCUCCCUUACACCCGUGACCCCCCAUAUACUUCCCACAGCCCAUACACUCCUGACCUCCACACUCGUUCUCGAUCUGAAGCAUUAUUAGAAACUAACUUCGACUUCGAAGAUUCCCCAGCACCUAUAACAGAAGACAGCAGAUCGUACAGUCAACCAUUAGAAACAGCUAUGUAGGAUAAUAAAUUAUACCAAAAAAUUCUAAAUUUAUACAUAUACCUACUGAAAAUAUUAUAUUAUAAAGAAAAUUUAGAAAUUGGAACAAUAUGAGCAUUUAGUGAUAAUAGGUGUUUUACCUUUUGUAAUACUGUUAUAUAGAAAAUAAUUAUUACUGAUGCUUUAAUUAAUUACAUUCUAUAUAUAUA